AGUACACGAACGUCCAUUCGGAAUGUGGUUCUCCCAGAUCUCCAACACCACCACUGCUGCUACCACCACCAGCAGCACCACAGUCCUGCCCCAUGCGAAAAGACGCGAGGGGGCCCAUUCUUGAAUGCUCUUUCGCUUCCACGAUGAGCAAGCAAGGAGACGCUUUGGUCCGUCGGCGUAAAGCGUUGAGCGAUCCGGCGACUCCGACUGCUGCGGAGGCGGCGGCUUCCCCGCAUCUCAACGGCGGUGGUGGUGGCGAACCCGAGCGAGUGCGCCUCGGACGACGAGAAGGAAGAGGUGGAGGACGAGGUGGAGGGCGAGGGACAGGAGGAGAGGGACCGGGAGAGGCCGGGCCUUGCUCUGGUGCCGAGGGGGGGCAGCGGGUGUCGCCGAGAGAGGCGCGCGUGGUGUCGGCCUGCGUGCUGUUACUUGCCGCGGCCACAAGGUUCUAUCGCCUGGACGAGCCAGACCAUGUGUGUUGGGACGAGACUCACUUUGGCAAGAUGGGAAGUUACUACAUCAACAACACGUUCUUCUUCGAUGUCCACCCUCCACUGGGCAAGAUGCUGAUCGGCCUGGCUGGGCACCUCAGUGGCUACGACGGCACCUUCCCCUUCUCCAAGCCCGGUGACAAGUACGGAGCGGCGGAGUACCUGGGCAUGCGAGCCUUUUGCGCGCUGCUGGGGUCACUGGCGGUAUUUUUCGCGCACCUGACCAUGCUGGAGGUGACGCGCUCCAUCUCCGCCUCGGUCGUCCUCGCGGCGCUCCUCAUUUUCGACACGGGCUGCCUCACACUGUCUCAGUACAUCCUGCUGGACCCCGUGCUCCUCUUCUUCAUCAUGGGGGCCACGUACGGCAUGGCGCGCAUCGGCUGGGGUGGUCACAGGCCUUUCUCUGCCGGAUGGUGGCUCUGGCUCGCUUUCACGGGCGUGUUCCUGGCCGGCGCGGUGAGCGUCAAGUUCGUGGGCCUCUUCGUGGUGACCCUUGUGGGCCUUCGCACGGCGGCUGAGCUGUGGGCGCUGCUGGGAGACCUCCGCCUGCCCGUGAGUGAAUUCGGGUGGCACUUUGUGGCGCGGGCGAGCUGCCUAAUUGCCCUUCCGGUGGUGCUGUACACUGUGACGUUCGCUGCUCACGUCGCUGUACUUUCGCGAAGUGGAAUUGGAGACGGCUUCUUCAGUUCCGGCUUCCAGGCGAGACUGAUGGGCAACAGCCUGUACAACGCGUCCAUGCCCGAGUACAUCGCGUACGGAUCGGUGGUGACGCUGAAGAAUGUGCGGACAGCGGGAGGCUACCUGCACUCACACUGGCACCUCUACCCUGAGGGCGUGGGGGCCAAGCAGCAGCAGAUCACCGCCUACACCCACAAAGACCACAACAACAUGUGGCUCGUCAAGAAGCACGACCGGAAUCCGAGUGACAGCGAACCCCCGGAACUCGUGCAGAAUGGAGACGUCAUCCGCCUGGAGCACGUCGCAACAAAGAGGAACCUGCACAGUCACAAGGAGCGCGCUCCCCUCUCCUCGAAGCACUGGCAGGUCACCGGCUACGGGGAGAACGGCACGGGGGACUCCAACGACUUAUGGCGCGUGGAGGUGGUGGGCGGCGCGACGGGGGAGGCGCUUGGGGUGGUGCGGAGCCGAAUGCGUCUGGUGCACGUCUCCACAGGCUGCCUGCUGCACUCACACUCCAAGGCGCUGCCCAAGUGGGGCUACGAUCAGAUGGAGGUGACCUGUAACCCGUAUAAGAAGGACACGGGGAACGUCCUCUGGAAUGUGGAGGAGCAUAUUCAUCCCAAAUUGCCCAACGUCAGCUUUGAAGUGUUCAAGUCGUCCUUCCUGGAGGUUUUUAUCGAGUCCCACAUCGUUAUGGCGCAGAGCAACAGUGGGCUGAAACCCAAGGAGAAUGAAGUGACUUCACAGCCGUGGCAGUGGCCCAUCAACUACCGGGGCCAGCGGUUUUCGGGCAGUAAUGAGACCGAUUACCGCGUGUACUUAUUGGGAAAUCCGGUAAUCUGGUGGUGGAACCUGGGCAGCCUCUUUGUGUUUCUGGUGAUGUUCUGCUUCUUGGGGUUUGCGAUCCGUCGCCGAUGCCCCCUGGCCAGCAAGCUUCAGGCCCGCACCCCAGAGUUUAUGGACGGCGGGUUCUGGUUUUUCCUGGGCUGGAUGCUGCACUACCUGCCGUUCUUCACGAUGGGUCGCGUCCUCUACUUCCACCACUACUUCCCGGCAAUGAUGUACAGCAGCAUGCUCACAGCGGCCACGUGGGACGCCGCUCUGCGCUGGGUGGGCCUCCUUCUGCAGGGCCGUGCCGGGGAGAGGUUGCACACGGCCGGGACGGCGCUGAUGCUGCUCCUCUGCGUGUACAGUUUUUACCUCUUCCACCCACUUUCGUACGGGAUGACGGGGCCUUACUCAACGGAUCCCAGCAGCGAUAUGGCCGGCCUGCGAUGGAUGGAUGCGUGGGAAUUUUAACCUCUCAACCUUUGGCUCUGCCAGACAACUGGAGGUGGUUGGACUGCGGCUGUUACUCUGACUGACACUGCAAAAUAUUGGAGAUGUCGACUACUGAUUAGAACCAAGAUGAUUUUUUACCACGCAGUGCCAGUCAUGGGGCCUGUUCGACCGGUCGUUGUGGAUGAGGGAAGAGUGGGGAGGGUGGGUUGGUGCUGAUUGGUGGCCAGGGUCGGUUUGAAUAUGUAUGUAUGAAUGGUGAACUUCUUUCACAUAGCCAACCGUGCUAAUCGGAGGUGCGGUGGCUGGGAAUCAAACUCAGGUAUUCCGGGUUCAUAGUGUUAGUGCACUAACCGCCGCAACAUUGCUUCAUCCGAGAAAUUGAGCUGUUUUGGAUGACAUUUUGGUUUUAAUGGAGUAGCGUGCAAUCACUUGUGUCACUUGGGUUUGUUUAUUCUUAAAAGCAACAAAAAAACCCUCAAAAGUAUUAAAACCAUUUCUGCAAAAGUGCCAUCAUCUAUGGUGGUUUAUCAAGCACCACUCUACACGUGGCUCAACACAGGGCGGCACGCGUUUAUCGGAAUUGUAGAGCAGUUCGGAGAAGAACUGCGCUUGAAAUCGGGCGAGCGCAACCGUCGUCCUGAUUCGCCGCCCGUAAUGUCGUAAAGAAACGAAACGUGAUGGGAAUGAAAGUCGUAAGAGAUCGCGAGGGAAAAAAAAAACAACAAAAGCCUACGUUACGUUGCACACCAAGAAAGCAAUUUGUCGGCGUUUUGGACAACUGCAUUUGCUUUAAAAAGAGCAAAGCAUUCUUCAUUAGCCAUGUCUGUCUCCAAGGUUAUCUUUUAUUAGCUUGUGAAGCGGGGCAUUCAUCCUCGUGUUGACUGCAUGGCUCACCCCGUGCAUUUAACGAGUAGCUUAAUGAAUGGACGACGCCCCGCGCAAUUCGCGGCCGCAAUUUUCUGCGCGUCGUCGGCACGCUCAGAAGACGGCCCUCUGCGACAUGCGCAUUUACCUGAUCGGCGCUCGAUUACCGUAGCGCAAGCUUCGGUCUAGCCCAGGACUCCCCGACACGUUUCCAAUUGGUGUUGAAUCGGCGGGGCGUGUUUGUCACGUCGCGAGCAAUUUGGUAAAUUUGGUUGAGCUGUCAGAAGGUGGAACGUGGCGUGCGACAAUCCCCACCCCCCUCCCCCAGACUUUUUAUUUUAUUUUUUUGCAUCCAAACUGCUAAAGGCCUUGAGGCUUUGUGUCGUGCGUUGCGUAUGGAGCCAGAGACUGAGUUGCGAUGGCUUGCGUUAUGUUUCGUGCGCGAGAGGAUGACAAUUCACGUGUCUUCUGCCGUUGCGCUAGAGUCGUGACUUUAAUGAAACGUUGAUCGACGAUUAUCGAUUCUCAAGCUGACGAUACAUGUCUCGAUUCGUGCAAGAAUUGAUGUUUUAGAUUUGUAAAUGUUGUGCGUAAUGGGCUUCCCCGUCAUGCCUUCUGACAUUGGUAGAGUUUCCAGCUCUGAGUUACACAAAACCAGGGGACACAUCAUGGGAAGAAGAAAAUCUCGAUGCCAGAAUAUGGGAGAACUGUAUGUGCAUGAAUUGCCUUGAGUCGUUAUCCUGCAACUGAUAAAAAAAAGAAGACAAGCCUAGGAAAACCAAGACGGGUCGGCAAUACUAGGCAUGCGUGACCACUACAUUAAUUGCAAUCACACCCCUAUAAACACAACCCUGUUCUCCUUACGUGACAAACCUUACUAAAUUGGCUGUCUCUGGUGGUGGCGGGUUUAACAACAUUUAUAUUUAUGCGAUCUAACCCAAAAAAAAACUAUAUCAUGUAUGACAUUGGUCGACGGAAGCCUACCUGUUAAUAUCACAACCCUAGCAUUGCGACAAACACUGGAGCUACAUCGUGCCCAUAUUUGCGCGUUUGUAACAUUUCCCGCAGAAGUAGUCGCAGUUUCAGCGUGUGCGCAGAUCGAAGGAUGACAAUGAUGAUGAGCACGGCCGUUUUAUUUUUUCAGCCCACGACACCGCUCUCCAGAGACGCAACAGCAGCGUCUGUGUGGGUGUGUGAAUACUCUUGCCAACUUUUGUUCGGCCGGAUAGAAGGGGGCUAAACAGAUGCGGCUCGGGCUAGAGAAGAGAUGGAGUGAUGUGGUACAAAAGGAUGUGGAGCUGAGUGGACUUGCUGAUGAUGACUGGUUACCAGCCGAUGUCAAGGUCGACCUAUGUGGAGGAGGCUCGUGAAGGAUGCUACUGGGUAGUUGUAGGCAGUCGCCCUACAGCAACAACGGAGGGCAGAGGAGCGACACUCACAACAACAAGCAGAGCGCCGGGUGGCUAAAACACAGCAAGUUGGCACAAUAGGGGGCACAGGUGGUGCAUCGGCCAGUCAUUUCAGUCAGUCGACCCAUGGCACCUGGGUCUGUCCCGUGACCUCCUGCCAGCGGGCGUUGGACACUUAAUGUGGCCUUAAAGUGCACUUAGCCUGGACACGUCACCACCACUCAGUGGCGAAUGACGGUUGUUGCUGUUGUUGCUGUUGUUGAACACGCUGGAUCACUGAGCCUGCUCCCCACGGGGCCCUCCCUGUGUGCCACCUUCCAAGUUGUUCGUCCUUGACGACCCCCCCCCCCCCCCCCAUCGGCUCUGUCUGUACAGCGCCCGCAAAGAAGUCCCGAGGCAACGGAGUCCUCCUCCACGGGUUUCCACGCGUGCAGGUGGAUUAAUUUAGAAAUUGCGAGGCGCUCUUGAGUCAUCGUUGGCGCUUUCUCCAGGAGACUGGUGCUCGCAGCAAAUUGGCAGCUUUGCAGGAAACUGGUUUGGUGAAAUCCUCCACUGGUGCAGCAUCUCCAUCGACACGACCAGCGCACACGGAACUUGUGCUCCGCUGAUCACUCCUAUUCUUGCACGUGACAAUAUUGUUCAGGAAUUAAAUGGCCAAUGUCAAGGUCGGCUGUCCACGAGAGGGCUUUCGGGGUUAGAGUUCGUGUCGUUUUGCUACUGCUUUGUUGAAGGAGCACAGACUUACGGCGGUUUAUUUUUUUACGUGGUUCACAAAUAGUCCACAAUGGCACGUGUUAUCACCUGAGACUGAAAGAGCCGAGGUGGGACUAUGUUAACUCCUCCAACUCACGUUGCCGAUUGGAACAUUGCAGCGUUUUAUCAUUGACGAAUGCUCACCACCACCAGCGGCUUGUCUUAUUUGAUCGCCGCGUCAAACGGUGACGUUUUCAACGUCACGAUAAGCGAGGAGUCGAUGGGAGAGCUUGCUGCUGGACUUGCCUGUCAGUUGAAAUAGACGCGUGCUCUCGAACUCUUAUUGAACCGUGCAUCGUCUCGAGGUAUAUUAUCGGGGAUGUGAGGAUUAACGGCGCUGGCAACUCGAUGACUUGUUACAAUUUCAGGGAAGAAUAGACGCUUCAAAUGCGUGCUGAAAACUGCAGCCACUAUUGUCUGCAGGGUAUGUGUGACCCGUUGCACCGUAUAUGAUUCAUGCUGAAACUGAAUUCAAUGCUUGUUUAUUGCCAACUUAAGAAUCGAUAUUAAUAGGUGAAUUGAUGCGUCGUGAUUACACCGCUUGUAAUUACUGUUUACGUGCAGUCUUGAGCCUGUUCUACAACUGAAAUAUUGAUUUGCGGGGAAGAAGGGAACGGUUAUGGGAUUGUAGACGGUAUUUAUUUCCUUUUUGGUUUGAAAUAGUAAAACGUGGACGAAACAAAGUUCUUGUGAAACUCUUUUUUCUGUAAAUAAACAUUUAAA